UCAGGAGGAAUCAGGAGGAACCAGGAGGAAACAGCAAGGAUACAAGGAAGCAAGGAAGCAAACAUGAUGACCCAGGAUCAGUGCUCUCAUAGGAACAAUGUCCAGAGUUCAGAGAAACCACAAGUGUACAAAGUGGGAAUCUACGGCUGGAGGAAACGCUGCCUUUACUUCUUCGUGCUGCUGCUGAUGAUCCUGAUCCUCAUCAACCUGGCGCUGACUAUCUGGAUCCUCAAGGUCAUGAACUUCACCAUAGACGGAAUGGGGAACCUCCGAAUCACAGAGAAGGGCCUGAAACUGGAGGGAGACUCCGAGUUCCUCCAACCUCUCUAUGCCAAAGCUAUCCAGUCCAAACCAGGCCGCCCGCUGUUCCUGCAGUCGUCCAGAAACGUGUCCAUCAACAUCCUGGGCAGCAACAACCAGCUCCUCACGCAGCUCGUCACAGGAGCCAAUGGAUUUAAAGCGCAGGGCAAGAUGUUUGAAGUCAAAUCCACCGCUGGGAAACUCCUCUUCUCCGCCGACGAGCAGGAGGUGGUGGUGGGCGCCGAGCGGCUCCGAGUGAUGGGAGCUGAAGGAGCCGUGUUCUCCAAGUCAGUGGAGACGCCGCACGUCAGAGCCGAGCCGGCCAAAGAGCUGCGGCUGGAGUCUCCGACCCGCUCCCUGAUCAUGGAGGCUCCUAAAGGGAUCCAGAUCCUGGCCGAGGCCGGGGACAUCCAGGCCAUCUGCAGGAACGAGCUGCGCCUGGAGUCCAAAGACGGAGAGAUUUCCCUGGACGCUCGCAGGAUCCGGCUGAUGCGGUUGCCGGAGGGGAAGGCCUCCACCAGCUCCUCGUCCUCCGGGACCCGGCAGACGGUCUACGAGGUCUGCGUCUGUCCCAACGGGAGACUGUUCCUGUCCCAGGCCGGAACCGGGUCCACCUGCCAGAUCAGCAACAGCGUCUGCCUCUAGGACUGAACCCCGGGGACAGGAGUGGACACAGAGGACAGAGCUCUCGGACUGAGUCAAAGCAAACACAGACACACACAGAGACAACCAGAGCGGAGGGAUGAACAGUCUCAGAUCCUGGACCUCCACAGAGACACUCAUGCUACAAUCACGACAACUCAGACCGAUGUUUAGGCUCAACUGAACCGUUUUAAAGAAACACAACUGAACAUUUUGAACUUUGUGCCAAUAUUUCAAUGCUAAAAAUAUUUUAUAUGAGAGGAACAGGCUUUGAAACGGCGUUGGGAGCAUCACGGGACAUCACACCUCUCCUCCUGGUCUCAUCAGCGUCUCUUUGUACACACACUCAAUCUGAACAAUACCACUUUUAAACUGAAUCAAAGGGAGACAUUACAGGUUUUAACAACUUUUUCAUACAAAAAUACAGUGAUCAA